UUUUGGUCACUGAGAACUGCAUUCCAAAUCCGUAGCUCUUUUUCUGUUUUCCACCACCCCUGGCCUCACCCUAGCUGCAUCACCAUCUCGAUCUCAAUUCUCAUCUCCGAGCAGACCUUAAUUCUUCUCUUCUUCCCUUCCCAUCUCCAAACAAACCUUCUGCUCUUGAUUACUUUCCCCCUCUUUUCCUGCUAUGGCCACAAUAACAAACUUUUUAUCCAAACCACUCUCGUCUUUUGCCACUCUCCCUAGAAUCAAUCCUCUUUGCCUCCGCAGUUCCUUCUUACCCUUCGUGACUGAACCGAAGCCCCUACCCAAAAAAAAUAUCAGAAGUCGAACUCACUUCGUUACAAAGGCCACAGCCGCAUCUGGCACUAAAAAGGUUAAAGCCGAUGACAGAGUACGGCAAGUCCACAGCGUAGAAGAAUUCGAUGAAGCCCUCCGAAUGGCGAAAAACAAGCUCGUAGUGGUAGAGUUCGCGGCCAGCCACAGUUUCUACAGCAGUAAAAUCUACCCGUUCAUGGUGGACCUCAGUCGGACAUGCAGCGACGUAGAGUUCCUUCUGGUUAUGGGCGAUGAAUCAGGUAAGACUGAGGAACUUUGCAAGAGAGAGAAAAUUGAGAAAGUCCCACACUUUAGCUUUUACAAGAGCAUGGAGAAAAUCCAUGAAGAGGAGGGGAUUGGCCCAGAUAUGCUGAUGGGUGAUGUAUUAUACUAUGGAGAUAGCCAUUCGGCGGUGGAGCAACUACACAACAGGGAGGAUGUGGAGAAGUUGAUUGAAGAUCAUAAGGUGGAUCACAAGCUGAUUGUGCUUGAUGUGGGGUUGAAGCACUGCGGGCCUUGCGUUAAGGUGUAUCCGACGGUGCUUAAACUGUCGAGGCAGAUGACUGACUCUGUUGUUUUUGCACGCAUGAAUGGCGAUGAGAACGAUAGCUGCAUGCAGUUCUUGAAGGACAUGGACGUGGUGGAGGUGCCUACGUUUUUGUUCAUCAGAGACGGUGAAGUAUGCGGAAGGUAUGUGGGUUCGGGAAAGGGGGAGCUUAUUGGUGAGAUCCUUAGAUACCAAGGAGUUCGCGUGACAUAAUUCACUUUAAACGAAGUGAGGCAAAAUGAUCGAAUUAAUUUUGUUGAUUGUAUUGCAUUAUACAUGAUGAACCAGGAGAACUAAUAUAUUUCAAUAUACAUUUGAAUUCCUCAGGAAAACUCACGAAGGGGAUUGAUUCUAU